AUGGCGUGGCGCAACACCAAGACGGGGAAAGCCCGCAGUGGGCCGUUCAGUCGUCCUGUGGCCACCGUGGCGACAGCAAAUCGACAACCUCCGAAACGCGCAGGAAACGCAGUGAACAACGUGCCUCUGCCUCCUACGAUGGGGUUGCCCCUGCAGAAGAAGUUUGGACAGCAUCUGUUGAAGAAUCAGGCAGUCCUUGACAAAAUCGUUCAAGCGGCAGACAUUCGGUCGUCCGACACCGUUCUUGAAAUUGGACCUGGUACGGGAAAUCUGACAAUGCGUCUCUUGCCCGUGGCUCGCGAGGUUGUCGCUCUGGAUGUUGACGCACGCAUGGUUAGCGAAGUGAAGAAAAGAGCGAUCAGCAAUGGCUUCAUGAAUCUCGUCGUCCGGCACGGGGAUGCUCUUCGUUCUGACUUGGGCACCUUCGACGCGCAGCAACCGCCCCUCCAGGAAAGAGACACUUCAACUGUGACAAGAUGCGCCGUUCUGAUGUUCCAGAAGGAGUUCGGCGAGCGGCUCAUGGCACAACCCGGAGACAAGAACUACUGCCGGCUCGCGGCGAAUGUUAGUCUCUUCUGUACUGUCCAGCGCGUGUGCAAAGUGGAGGCAAAACAUUUCACGCCGCCACCCAAGGUCGACUCGGUCGUCGUCAAAGUCGUUCCUCGACCUAAUCUUCUGGAUGUCGACUUCAAGGAGUGGGAUGGUUUGAUGCGGAUUUGCUUCGGGCGCAAAAAUCGAACGCUGCACGCUCUGUUUCGACGGUCAUCCAUCCUGUCCAUGCUGGAGGCGAACUACAAGACGUGGUGUACCCUCAACAACUGUGCGCCCACGUCCCAGCCGUUCCGCGACUUCUGUUUAGGUGUCCUCAGCGAGACUGGUUUAGGCGAGCGACGGAGCGUCACCAUCGACAUCGACACAUAUUUCUCUCUUCUUCUCGCCUUCAACAAGAAGGGAAUCCACUUCGUCAACGUUGCCAACCUACCUGCGGGCUCCGCAGGAAAAGCAGCCGGCAGCGGGUCGGCGGAGAACUCCAUGGCUGGCAUCGAUGAAUUCUUCUUUUACGACGAAGAAAAAGACAAGGGUGAUGACGACGAAGAUAUGUGA